CACGGGUCACCCUUUGAACUUGUCCCAGGAUUAUAUAAGCCCUCGGCUCUUUGGAGAACACACCAUCAGCUCAAGAACCCUGGAAGCAAGGAAAAUCUCACUCAACCAGCAGCCAUGAAAUUCUCCCUCAUUGCCGUCCUUGUUGUUGCUCUGGCCAUCGGCUCUGAGUCGGCUUCUCUGGUCAAGAGAGACGCUCCUGCUGAGCUGGAUAAGAUCGCCAAGUACUUCCAGGACCUCGUGGACAGCCUGAAGAACGUUGAGGGCCCUGAGCUGGCCAACAAGGCCAACGCUUACUUUGAGCAGAGUAGAGCCCAGUUUCAGCCCAUGGUUGAGAAGCUCCAGGAGCAGCUGAAGCCCCUCUCCAGCAACAUUGAAGACCACAUCAAGCCUCUGGCCGCCUCCGUCCAGGCUCAGGUCGCCCCCCUCGCCGGCUUGGUCCAGAGCCAGGUUGAAGAUGUCCUCAAGUUUGUGGCUGACCAGAGCAAAGCCAUCCUGCCUCCUCAGUAAAACCAUUGCUUAGUUCUUUUCCAUUUUGACAGAAUCUCUAAGUAUGUAUGCUGGUGUGUUUGAAAUAAUAAAAAAGAUUAAAAACUGA